CCCGGCACGGCCCAACAUUCUCGUCCCACUCCUCCCUCUCCGCGCGCCGCACACCCCAGUCCCCACCAACGCCCGCCGCCGCGGCCCACGCGGCGAACCCCUCCCACCCCGCGCCGCCCGCCCGCCUUCUCCGCUCCGCACAACGGGAGAAAUGCCUCCCUUGAGCCCCCCGCCGCCGCGCCUCAUGCUGAACGCCGUCUCCUGCAUGCGGAACGCGCAGACGGUGCUCCGCGACAUCAACGUGAGCGUGCACGACGGGACGGCGCUGGUCCUGACGGGCGCCAACGGGUCCGGGAAGACCACCUUCCUGCGGAUGCUGGCGGGCUUCUCCCGGCCCUCGGCGGGGGAGAUCCUCUGGAACGGCCACGACGUCACCUCCCCGGGCGUCUUCCAGCAGUACAAGCUGCAGCUCAACUGGAUGUCGCUCAAGGACGCCGUCAAGGAGAAGCUCACCGUGCUGGAGAACGUGCAGUGGUUCGAGCUCCUCGAGGGGAAGCACGGGCGGUCGGCGCCCGCCGUCGAGCUCAUGGGCCUCGGCAGGCUCAUCAACGACAAGGCCAGGAUGCUCUCCAUGGGGCAGCGGAAGCGGCUGCAGAUCGCCAGGCUGCUCGCCAUCGACCGCCCCAUCUGGCUCCUGGAUGAGCCCUCCGUCGCCCUGGACACCGAGGGCGUCAAGCUGCUCGAGUACGUCAUCGCGGAGCACCGCAAGAAGGGCGGGAUCGUCAUCGUCGCCACGCAUUUGCCGAUUCAGAUCGAGGAUGCCAUGUCGCUCCGGCUCCCGCAGAGGUUCCCCCGGAGGAAAACUUUGGUUGAUCUCGUGCGUUGAUGGAGGAGCUCAGAUUGUAGCUGUAUCUUUCUGAUUCUUCUCAAGUCAUAUUUUGAUGCUGCAAUUGUGAUACUUCCUAUCUAUCAAUAUAUACAUAUGCUGGUGGCCCUUUAUGGUUUCUGGUUUUGAUGCAUUCACCAAUUUGGCCAUUUAUGCCACCUGGUGAUAGAAUCUUCUGUUCCUUAUUCACUGUCUAGCAAUUUUAGUCAUCAGAUGUAUAUUGA